UGAAUGAUACUGUAGGAAGCAUUUUCCAUUCAUUCAUUAGCUGUUCGUGCACCAAGUUCACGUAAAAUAUUUCAGAGUGAAGAAAGUAAGUUCAACAUAAAGCUAGAAGCAUGGUUUAAGAGAACAUGGCAUUUAAUACUAAUGAUUAAUUGUUUUUUAAAAGUUACAUUAAAGUCGGACAAUUGCCAUAUUGCUGAGUUGCUUUGUGACUGCUAAAAGUUUUGCUCAAGCAGCCUCCUUUGACUCACAUACUGAAAAAGUUUUCUUAUCAUUGAAACUUGAUGCAAACCUGAUAAGUGUUGUUUUGACUAUAAGUAAAUGUUCAACAUAUGGUUGUCCUGAAAAAAAGUGUGUGAGACAAUCCACUGAGUUAAUGUGAAAAAUACGUCGCAGUGCUGGGGUCAUAUGAAGUGCGCUAAAACCCCAUUAAAGCUUGUUUAAUUGUUGCCAGACACAGUUUAAAGUUGCAAAUAUGGGCCAACUUAGGUGGAUUCUCUACGGCAUAGUUAUCGUCAUAUCGUCAGCGAACGCGGAGCACUUUCCUGGUCUCCGACGAACAAAACCAAACCAGGGUGGGCACUCUUCCUGGGUUUCGAAUGAUGCUCGCGAAACACCUGAGUUUUUAAAAACUCUUAACGAUCUCAUAGAGGAGCAAGCUCGGCGCCGGUUUUUGGAGCAUCUUCAACGUUUUCAGCUUAAUCGAAACAUUCUUCAGAGGACUGAACAAGAGGAAACAUCACGACCUGCUUUUACCUAUCAAUUACCGUUGAAAAAUAAUGCAGAUUUAGACAAACCAAUAGAAUUCGCUGUGAACCCAAGUGAUCCUCGGUUCUACGAUAAUGUUUCAGACAAUGACCUUGACGUCGUAGAUAAAACCAUUGAUAGCUCUGGAAAAGACUAUGACUCGGAACCUGCUCACAAAACCAAUCCAAACCUGCCACCAUCUCCGCAGGACAUCAAACCCAAGCUUCCAAUUUAUCACCAUAAGCAGAAACAAUUGGACAAUAGAUUAAAGUAUAAAGAACCUAUAAUAGAAGACAAUUUGAUGCCCCAACGUGUCAAUGGGGUCAUUCAGAGACCAGUGGAAAUGGAUGCUGCAUUAUCCAUGUACAUCGUUGCACUAAUUGGUGGCAUAAGUGCAGCCGUCACAGUUGGUUUGAUUUCUGUUGGUAUUGGAUGGUACACCCUUCACAAGAAAGCGAAAGCAGCUGCAGAUGUGGACUAUCCCGCAUAUGGUGUUACCGGACCAUAUGCGGGAGGUCACAAAGAUUCUUCCCCAUCGGGCGAUAAUCGAUUGGCUCAAAGCGCUCAGAUGUACCACUACCAACAUCAAAAGCAACAAAUUAUUGCAAUGGAAAACCACAACAACGUUGACAAAAAUGGUCCCCAUUCCGAGGCGGAAAGUGAAGAUGAAAACGAAGAAGGAGAUUACACAGUCUAUGAAUGUCCUGGAUUAGCUCCGACUGGAGAAAUGGAAGUCAAAAAUCCACUAUUCGCAGAUGAUGUAGCACUAACUCCUGGAGCAACCCAGUCUUCUGCUGCACAGGUCAACAAAUCAUCAGACGGCAAGGCUGCAAAUGAUGGCAGACAAAAAAAGCAAAAUAAAUAGAUCAAUUUUAAGGGGGCCGAAUCUCAUUAAUAAGAAUGUCUACUUUUGAUUCGAAUGAAUUAUUCGAUAAUAAAAUCUAUUUGGUGUAUUGGUUGUGGUUGAAGAUGAAGAUCAGAGAUUCUAGACAUGACCGUUGUUCAAUCAGAAAUGUUACAAGGUGCAAACAAUCGAAAAAAAAACGAACUGAUCAAUUUAUAUCAUUCCAAAAAGGCAGUCAAUUAUUUUCGAUUGAUUGUACAUUUUUCCUAGACAUGGAACAGUUUUAAUUGAAAUUUGCGGUGUGUAGAGAAAGAGUUUCAGAACCACAAAAAUAAAAACAAAAUGUUCUCUGUUGGUAUGAAACCUAAUAAAACGCAGACAAUUUUCAAAGUUGGAAAAAAUCGUUCGAAAAUGUGUUACCGACUUGAUCUUUGUACAUCAGGAAAAAGUAAGACAUGAGAUUUUAUAUUUAAUAUUUGUCCUCAUCAUGAGAUGCAUCUAUGCCAGAAUUUGUUUCGACUAUAUGGAGAUAUAGGAGCUAGUUCUGUUACGCCUUUUAAAUAAGCCAGAUGUUCAAAAACAUAUUUGAAAACAAUUACAGCACUCUCGAACGGAAUAAUUUGUAAAAAUCACAAACUGCAAAUCAUACCCAUUAAUUUCCCAUUCCGUUUUCGAGAAUGACAAAAAGGAAACCCUCGCGGCUUUAAACACUUGCGUCUGAAGAACAUUGUCAGGUGUUAAUAUAAGAAAACAAUUGGUAUAUAGCCUCUAUGGAUAGAGUACAGUUAAUGUCUAAUUUUAUGAUUAAUUACCAUUAGCGAAUGCCUACAUAUGAAACCAAUGUAAUGUAAAACAAUACGAUCAAAUUGUGUAUCCUUGUAACAAAUAAAGGAGAAUGUAGCAUAUAAUGCUAUCCUGUACAAAUA